UCCUUCUUAUUUGUGGCGUUUACGUCAAGGGUGUGAAAGAAAAUCUAACACUUUUCCAAAGGGACAAAGGAACAACAUAACGUUAACAAUAACAUGGUUUGGUUUUCUUCCAUUCCUCACAUUUGAGACUUUCAUGCUCUCUCUUGGUGUCUGGAUUUCCUUGCCAAAGUUUGAACCUUUUUCCUUAGAAUUUGACACCCAGAUAAGAUUUUCUUCAUUACCAAAUUCUGGGUCUUUCUCUCUCUUUCUACAACCCUUUUUGUGAUAAAACCAAAGGGAAAUUUCCUUCACUUUCAAAUCUGAGUUGGGUUGUCCUUGUCUCCUCUCUGAGUUGGGAUUUGUGUCAGCAGAAACAAAUCCUGAUUUGGAGAGAAGGGUGGUGGUGCAUUUGUAUUGAAAGUGUUGAGAUUCUCUGAAUCCAAGCCAAUUUGACAAGAGGAGAACCCAGUUGAUUUUUCAGUAAUUCAACUUUGAGGUUUUGAGCUUGUUUUCUUAUAGCUUCUACCACUGUUGUUUAUCUUGGUUAUGUUGUUCUUUUUUCAAUCUGAGUGUUGUAUCUUUUACAUUAUUUCCUUCUGUUAUGUUCAUAGGCUUGUGUGAAGCUCUUUCCUACUAAAUUGUCUUUUUUAAUGGAGGAGGGCUUUGUGUUUGUGUUUGUGAUUGGAUUGGUUAUCUUGUGAAUGCAAUUGAUUCGUUGAAAGAAAAAAAAAAAAAAAAAACAUCUUUUUCUCAUGUUGUUGAGUGGAUUGAACAGUGAGUGUUGUGGGCUAGGAGGAGUGGUGUCUUUGAUUAGUUUCUUUAGUCCGUUGGAUUGUUUGGUUCAAAAUGGGGAAGAAAAAGAAGCAGGUAGGAGAAACAAGUGAAGAUAGAGGAAAUCAUAAGAAAGUUGAAGAUAAAAGCCCCAACUCAUAUGACAAUGAUACCUUGGCGUUUAUAUCAAUGGCUCAAGAGUUGAAGGAUGAAGGGAACAAGUUUUUCCAGAAGCGGGAUGCUGAAGGAGCUUUGGUAAAAUAUGAGAAGGCACUCAAAUUGCUUCCAAGGAAUCAUGUAGAUGUUUCGUAUCUGCGGAGUAACAUGGCUGCGUGCUACAUGCAGAUGGGACUCGGUGAGUAUCCUAGAGCAAUCCGUGAAUGCAAUUUGGCUCUUGAAGUAUCGCCAAAAUAUAGUAAAGCUCUGAUGAAGAGGGCCAGGUGCCAUGAGGCUUUAAAUAGGCUGGAUUUGGCGCUAAAAGAUCUUAGUGCUGUUUUAAAGAUAGAGCCAAAUAAUAUCAUGGCAUUGGAGGUCUUGGGUAAGGUGAAGCAUGCCCUUGAAGAUAGGGGAUUAAUAGUAAAUGAUACAGAAAUUGAGUUGCCUCCAGAUUAUGUUGAACCUCCUGCUUUGCCUCUGGAAAAAGUAGUGAAACAAAAGACACACAAGAAGAAGAGAAACAAAGAGAAGGUGAAGGCUUCUGAUAAAAUUGAAGAAAAGCAAGGUGAGGAGAAAUUGGAAGAGAAGAAAUCUGAGGACAGCAUUGUAAUAAAGAAGGCCGGGGGCAGUCUGAAAGAGAAGAAGGCUAACAAAUCUAAAAAGAAGGCCAAGGAAAGAAUUGAUGAGAAGAAGGAUGAUGUUAAGGAGGUUAUUGAGGAAAAAAGUAAUGGUAGAAGUGAAGAUAUACCUAAGAAAACAGCAAAACUUAUUUUUGGUGAGGAUAUAAGAUGGGCUGAAUUGCCACUUAAUUGCAGCCUCCUUCAGCUGAGAGAAGUUAUUUGUGACCGGUUCCCUAGACUAGGAGCAGUUCUUGUCAAAUAUAGGGACCAAGAGGGUGAUCUGGUUACUAUCACUUCUGAUGAAGAAUUAAGGUGGGCUGAAACUGGAUCACAGGGUUCUAUCCGGCUGUACAUAGUGGAAGCUAAUCCUGAUCACGAUCCAUUAUUUGAGAAAUUUAAUGUGAAGAAUGGAGAAAAGGUUAACACUUAUAGUUCUCCUGUGAAUGGUUCUGUGGUGAAAGCGAAGGACAUUAUUAGCUCAUCAUGCAUUGAGGACUGGAUAAUUCUGUUUGCACAACUGUUCAAGAACAAUGUUGGAUUUGAAUCUGACAGAUAUUUAGAUUUUCAUGAAUUUGGGAUGAAGCUCUAUUCAGAGGCUGUUGAGGAGACAAUUACAAGUGACGAAGCACAAGGCAUAUUUGACAUUGCUGGUGGUAAGUUCCAAGAGAUGGCAGCUCUAGCAUUGUUCAACUGGGGAAAUGUGCAUAUGUCCAGGGCAAGGAAGAAAGUGUAUUUUACUGAAGAUUCUUCAAAAGAGCAUAUGCAUGAACAAAUCAAAAGUUCGUAUGAAUGGGCGCAGAAAGAAUAUGCAAAAGCUGGGGAAAAAUAUGAAACAGCCAUUGAUAUUAAGCCAAAUUUUUAUGAAGGCUUCCUGGCUCUGGGACAGCAGCAGUUUGAGCAAGCAAAACUUUCUUGGGAUUAUGCACUCUGUAGUAAUGUAGAUUUAGCAACAUGGCCCUCCACUGAGGUUCUUCAGCUUUACAACAGUGCCGAGGAAAAUAUGGAGAAAGGAAUGCUGAUAUGGGAAGAAUCAGGAGGGCAACAAUUGAGUGAAAUCUUUGAUCCCAAGGAUAUUGGAUUACAUCUGCAGAACAUGGGAUUGGAUGGGCUAUUCAAAAAUAUGUCAUCAGAUGAAAUUGCUGCACAGGUGGAAAAUAUGAAGUCUCAAAUAAAUCUUCUGUGGGGUACCAUGCUAUAUGAACUCUCGAUAGUGGAGUUCAAAUUAGGGCUACCGGUAUGGCAUGAAAGUUUGGAAGAUGCAGCUGAGAAGUUUGAACUUGCUGGAGCUUCUGCAACAGAUAUAGCUGUAAUGUUGAAGAACCACUGUUCUAAUAACACUGAUGGUCUUGGAUUCAAAAUUGAUGAAAUAGUACAAGCAUGGAAUGAGAUGUAUGAAGCUAAAAAGUGGCAGAAAGGUGUUUCAUCAUUUCGUUUGGAGCCCUUGUUUAGAAGAAGAAUAUCUAAAGUUUACCAUGCCUUUGAGCUAGUAUGAGCUGCAUCUUUUUCUGCAAGUUGUUGAAGAAUAACAGAGCCAACACCCACAUGGGUUGCUUCUGUGCCUGAAAUGCUAUUGUCAUCAUUAAGCAAUAUAUGCAUGCAAUUGGAGAGAAAGUGAGAAGAAAUCCUAGAUCAGAAAUUUUCACUGUGGUUUCUAUGCCUACUUUCAAUAGUUUGGAGUCUACACUGUACUUAUAGAAAGAAACUAUCUUUCAUGAAGCGCAUAAAUGUUCCAAGAAUGUAAAAGUUUGCAAGUUCCUUGACAAGUCUGGAAGAUGGAGUUGCAGAAAUUACCUUUUAGUUACUUUCUGCCUUUACUCACAUUGCCUUCCCUUUAUGAUUAGAUUUAUAGUGGCCGGUAGGAUAUUAAUAUUAUACUGAAAGAAGUUGGAGAGAUUUGUUGUUUGUUUUCCUGUUUCUCUUGUUCUGUAGUUUAUCCAUAUGUAACUACUUGUUGGAUUAGUAUUUCUACGUGAGGUUUCCUUGUACUAGAUUAUUGAACUUACCAGUUCUACUCAGUCUACUUAUAAAGUUAAAAGGAAGAGACACUUUAAAAAAAUUGAAGGUAUAAUAGCAGAUUUAAAUUCAUUCAUUCAUAA